GUAACCAGCCUUGACCUGUCCGGGUUGGGAGAUAGGGCCGGAUGGUGUAUAUGGAUAUUCCGGGUCGAGGACAGGUGGAGCAAACUCCGCUCCGACCCGAGCCAUUGCUAUCAUCCCUAGUACUCAGCAAUUUGGUGGCUUUUUGCAGCUAAGGAUGGGAGGCCGAGGAGUUAUUGGUGAUAAAUGGUCCUCAAGGAUUCUUUGGCCUCUGGUUAUUUCUUUUCUAGGCCUGUAUAUGGUUGUUGUUGAAAGACAAUUACAAAACAGGGAACGAAUGAUGGCUGAAGGUUUGAAGAAUACUGUUGCAGAAGUAGGCACCGGUACUGACAAUGUUUAAAUGCGUGACAAUAAUUAAAUGCCGAUAAAAGCAGUAUUUUCUUUUGAAGAGCUCUCUCGAUAUGCUAACUUGAGUCAACUGUUCAUGUAAGAGAUUAGAGAUCUCCUCUUGUUUUGUUUUGGCAUUUGGAGCUUGAGGGUUUUUCUCUCAUGACAAUUCAUCUACUUCUGAUAGAUGUUAGUGUUUCAUCUAUCGGAGUGAACAGUUCAUACUGAGGAAUAUAAAAGAAUAGCCUUCAAAUU